AUGCGUGCCAUCACAGUCUCCUCCUGGGGUGCUGCGCCCACGUUCACAUCUACGCACCCCGAGCCAUCAUCGUCAGACGACACCGUCACUUUGAAAGUCCUGGCCUCGGGCCUGCACCAGCUUGUCCGCGCCCAAGCGGCAGGGACGCACUACAGCACAAAGACCACGACCAUGCCAUACAUCCCCGGCGCGGACGGCGUCGGCGAGACACCUGACGGCAAGCGCGUCUAUUUCAACAGCAUCGCCACGGGCGGCGGCUUUGCCGAGUCCAUCGCCGUGCCCAAGCAGAGCGUCACGCCCAUCCCCGAGGGCGCGGACCCGGUGGUCAUCGCGGGCCUCACGAACCCAGGCAUGAGCAGCUGGAUGGCGUUCGCAGGACGGGUGGACCCGGAGCUGCCGAAGGGGUUCACCGUCGUGAUCAUGGGCGUGACGGCCAUUUCGGCCAAAGUGGCCGUGCAGUUCGCGCGGGCCAAGGGCGCGGGCAAGAUCGUCGGUGUCGCGAGGAACGCGAAGGAAAUGGCUGCGAUCGCGGACCUCGACGAGCGGAUCACUCUUGCAACAGAUGCGGGUGGGACGGAUUUCUCGUCCCUAGGUGAUGUCCAUUUGAUCCUGGAUUACCUGUACGGACCGGCCGUUGUGGCGCUGUUGAACCAGUUGAAGUCCUCUGUGCCGACGCAGUUUGUGCAAAUUGGCACGGUGGCAGGCAAUGAUAUCGCGCUUCCUGGGGCAGUCUUACGCAGUAAGAACAUCACGAUUAGAGGGGCCGGCCCGGGGGCAUGGGCGAUGAGCCAAUUCGCGAAGGAGUUGCCAGAUCUGCUUGAUGCGGUGGCCAAGUUGCCGGAUAUGGAGCUUACGGUGCGGAAGUUGGAGGAGGUGGACGCUGCGUGGGGGAACAAGAAGGAGAGGACGGUAUUCGUGCGGUGA